GUAUCCCACGAGAUGAUGAUCUACUGAUCGUACAUAAAGAUCAAAGUCCUUCAAGAUCUCUCUUACCUCAACUUCUAUCUCCUUCGUCGGAAGCCCCCUUUCUUUUUCUCUAGUCCAUUAUUCUAUCUCUUCGAAAUGCUUCUUUACGAGGACAUCAUCUCCGGCGAUGAGAUGUUUUCUGAUGCGUUCCCCAUGAAACAUAUAGAUGGUAUUGCCUACGAAGUCGAUUGCCAGAUGAUCGUCGUAAAGGAAGGCGAUGUCGAUAUCGGUGCCAAUGCCUCAGCUGAAGAACAGGAAGAGGCGCUUGAGGACGGAGCAUCUACCGUCAACAACAUCGCUCAUUCCUUCCGUCUUCAACCUACUGCUUAUGACAAAAAAGCAUAUCUGUUACAUCUCAAGGCUUAUAUGAAGUCUGUAGCGGACAAAUUGGCAGCAAAGGGAGAUGAUGCUGCUGCUGUUGCUGACUUCAAGGCCAAGGCAAAUGACUUUGCCAAGAAGAUAAUUGGUAAAUUCAAGGACUAUGAAUUUUACACUGGCGAGAACAUGAACCCCGACGGAAUGGUAGCCUUGUUGAACUACCGCGAGGAUGGGAUCACCCCCUACUUCACGUUCUGGAAGCACGGUCUCAAGGAAGUGAAGCUGUGAUUAUUAUCUUGUUCCAACUGUGUUUUCCAUCAUCUUAUGUUAGAGCAAUCAUACGAGUCCGCUCCACUUUGCGCUCACACAGCCCUC